AUGCACGUCGCACAACUCUACUCCCUUGGCUGGGUCGUUCCCAAAGUUAAAGCUGCCGGCUUCAAGGUCAAGAAUAUUAACGUCCUCGGCACUGCACUUUUCUUACAACAUUCGGGUGCGUCUCGUUGUGAUUUCUCUUGCUUGCUUUCACUUGCGACUCUCCAGGACAUUGUUGAUGCCACUCCCCGCUUGACACUUGUGCAACAUCCUACAGCACACAUAUGCCAUGUCCAGCUUGACCGUCAUUCGCUGCCUCCGGGUCUCAUGCCCAUGGUACACUAA